CUUGCCGGGCCGGGGGAGGCGCGCGCGGAGGCUCCAGAUAGGGGCCGGCGAGACAGUGGCUUUCUCUCAGAGCAGCGAGUGGGGUUCCGGAGCUUCGAAUUAGUGGCGGCGAGUUCCCUGCACUGCCGGCGUGGGGGCUGCUGGAAGGAUGCGGAGCCCGAGCGCGGCAUGGCUGCUGGGGGCCGCAAUCCUGCUGCUGGCGGCCAGCGUCUCCGGCAGUCACAACACCCAAGGAUUCAGUAAACCCACUAAAGGAAGAAGUCUGAUCGGUAAGAGUAAUGGCUCGUCUCAAGUCAUCGGAAAAGGAGUUACAGUGAAACCAGGCUUUUCUGUGGAUGAGUUUUCUGCCUCUGUCCUCACUGGAAAACUGACCACCGUCUUCCUCCCAGUUGUCUACACAAUUGUAUUCGUGGUUGGUUUGCCAAGUAAUUGCAUGGCCCUGUGGGUAUUUCUUUUUCGAACACAGAAGAAGCACCCUGCUGUGAUUUAUAUGGCCAAUCUGGCCUUGGCAGACCUCCUGUCUGUUAUCUGGUUUCCCUUGAAGAUUGCCUAUCACAUGCAUGGCAACAACUGGGUGUACGGGGAAGGUCUCUGCAAAGUGCUGAUUAGCUUUUUCUACGGCAACAUGUAUUGUUCCAUUCUCUUCAUGACUUGUCUCAGUGUGCAGAGGUACUGGGUCAUCAUGAACCCCAUGGUGCACCCCAAGAAGAAGGCCAACAUUGCCAUAGGUGUCUCCCUGGGAAUCUGGCUGCUGAUCCUGCUGGUUACCAUCCCUUUGUAUGUUGUGAAGCAGACCAUCUACAUUCCAGCCCUUAACAUCACAACCUGUCACGAUGUGUUGCCGGAGGAGGUGUUGGUAGGGGACAUGUUCAAUUAUUUCCUUUCUCUGGCCAUUGGAGUCUUUCUGUUCCCAGCGUUCCUGACGGCCUCUGCCUACGUGCUGAUGAUCAGGGUGCUCCGAUCUUCUGCCAUGGAUGAGCACUCGGGAAAGAAAAGGCAGAGAGCAAUCAAACUCAUUGUCACUGUCCUGGCCAUGUACCUGAUCUGCUUCACUCCUAGUAACCUUCUGCUCGUGGUGCAUUAUUUCCUAAUUAAAAACCGGGGCCAGAGCCACGUCUAUGCCCUGUACAUCAUAGCCCUCUGCCUCUCCACUCUCAACAGCUGCAUUGACCCCUUUGUCUAUUACUUUGUUUCAAAAGAUUUCAGGGAUCACGCAAAGAAUGCUCUGCUCUGUCGAAGUGUCCGAACUGUAAAGCAAAUGCAGAUAUCCCUUACCUCAAAGAAAUUCUCCAGGAAGUCCAGCUCUUACUCCUCAAGUUCAACCAGUGUUAAAGCCUCCUAUUGAGUUGUAUGUCUUCCUGGAUGCAAGUUUUACAGUAGAGUUUGGACCCUGCUUACCAUUAUGGGGAUGUUCUGUUAUUUCCUGACCGAGUGGGUCUUACCACAUAUCAUGGUUACGUAGCACCUCCUCAGGAUUGCUAGAAACUUCCCUGUUUGCAUGAGAAACAGCCCCAGAAUUAAGAUGGAUGUUGUCAGUUUCAGAAAUGCCUUUAUUCAGGUGCUUCCUGAAACUGAACUGGCAAAAGUUGUCUUUCCAGAAGGUAGCAAAAAGACAGAAUUCUGUAACUUGGAAAAACCAGCCUUGGCUUGAAGACUAAUUUCUUAGUUGAAAUUACAUUUCUCUUAUAUCUGGGGCCAAUCCAGCCUUAUUAAGGCUUAAGAGCUAGCUGUCAGAGAUUAUCAGUCCAACUGAGCACUUUACAGAUGAGAAAACUAAAGAGGUGACCUGCCCAAAAUCAAGUUUUCAACCAAUAGCAGUAAAUCAGGAUUAGACAGGAGAAUUCAAGUGUUCAGUAUGAUUUGUGUAACACCACUGACAUCAUCAUAAAAAAUAGUAGCUGUCAAGUCAGUACCAACCCGUGGUGACCCCAUUUGUGCAGAAUAGAGCUGCUCCAUAGGGUUUGCAAGGCUGUGACCUUUUGAAAGCAGGUUACUAGGCCUUUCAUCGGAGGUGCCUCUAGGUGGGCUGGAACCACCAACUGUUCUGUUAAUAGUCAAGUGCUUAACUGUUUAUGCCACCCAGGGACUCCAGCAUCAUCAUGGAGCUUAUUAAAACAUGAAGGUUCCUCAGACUCACUAAAACUGAGAUGCUCUGGGAACAGGCCCAAGAAUCUACAUUUUAGCCAGCCUUUGCUUGAUGUUUAUGCACACCAGGGUUUGAGAAGCACUGGGCUGAGUGUGUCUUCUGCUUGACGAAGUGUCAUGGUAGAUACUGAAGAGAGAGGCAAGCAGAAUGCUUUGUGCCCCCUCUUUUAUGUUUGGUUUUGAGUGAAAUCUGUUUGUUGACUUAUUGGAACUUUCGUUCUUAUUAAUCCUUCCAGCUUUUGUAUCAUUAUUUACUUCAUGGAGAAUACAAUGAAGAUUUUAAACUUGUUAAUUCAAAUUUUGUAUAACUUUGCUGACUUCAGUGAAGUCUUCAGGCAGUAUGAGUAACUGAUUGUUUUGUAACUCAGAGUAACAUUUACCACUUAGUAUUUUUUAAGAUAACUGUUAGGAUAUUUAUUGUCAUUUUUGUCCAUUUGUUAUUAAAUAUGAAAUUACACAAGGCUUCACUGGGUUUAAACCACAUCUGUUUGGAAGAUAGCACUAAAGUAGAUGUGGUUUGCAACAUGUUUAAACUGUACUUGACUCAAGCAGAUGUUAUACAACUGUUGUAUUUGUGACUUUUAAAAAGAACUAUUUUAUAGAUUGUAUAGUGUGAUUGAUUUAUAAAUAACACCUGACUGUUUUUUACAACUUACUUCUGAGUGUUUUUUUUCU